AUGGAAGGAAAAACAUCCACCAGUAAAGGGAAACAUAGGUUUGGAAUAAUCAUUAGUCCUCGGUUAAAUGCAAAUGAUUUAAUAGUCAAAACAAAUGUGGAAGACCUUGCGUACUUUACAGGGGGAAAGAAAGCAUCUACCAGUACAAGUGUAUAUCCCGAGAGUGAAAUCAAACACACAACAACAGAUGCUGCGAGUAGAGUUGCUGCACUGUUUGCGCAUUCCUCAACUAUAGAAGCUUCACCACCAUGUCAUGAAAGUGACAAAGUACUCCGAGGUUUCAAAGAGAGAGAAAAGAGUGGUAACAACCACCCCAUAGAAGGUAAUAGUUCAAGACCGCAGCAAAAUCCAAUACGUGAGUCCUCAAACACACUUAAAAAUGCAACCAUCUUGAAUAAAGACAAUACUGGAUACAACGUCUUUGUGCCGGUACCACAAGAAGUAGAGAUGGAUCAUCUCAGAUCCUUCUCGUGUUUUGCUACGCCUAGAAUGGAACCUCAGUCUGAACUCGAGGCAAACCGCGAAAUGGCGAAUGAAAUAAUUGAUAGUGGGUCAAUAAAAGGAACAGAAAUUAAUAGAAAUGUCUCAAAAGAACAAUUUUUGCCUGGAAAGACAACUGGGAAACGUUUUUGGAAAAAACGACUCCAUUCAUCCACCAAUUGCUCAUCAGUAGCGGAUUUUGAAAGCCAAGGAAAGCCAACUUUUGGUAAGAGAGUGGCAAAGCGUAAUUUAUACAAUUUCAAGGGGUAUCGAACGGUGCAACAAAAUCCUAGUUUCAGCAACAAGGAAGACGAUGCGGUAGGAUUCACAGGAAGUCAGGUUUUUGCGACUCAAACGCAAGCACAAACGCAUGAAGACGACAUGAUCUCAUUUGUUGUUGCUAGAAACAGACUAAUUGCAGAUAGCAAACCAAUAGAUAAUGAUGUUGCUCAAGGUAUGGAAACUUCAUCGAGGAAAAGUUUGACCAAACCAAUCAAGCUAAGAAGGUUAAACAAAACUGAGCUGCAAGCCGGCAGCAACCUGCUGCUGCAAUCACCACCUAAAAGAUAUGCAUACACAAGAGCAACUGAGAGCUCAACUAGUUCACGAUACACAAACUCCUUUACCACAUCGACGUUUUCUGAUAUUGUCGAAGUUCCAGAAACUCCACACACUCUUGCACCUCAAGUGUCAGCAGCAUCAACCGAAUCGUUAAUUUCAAACUUUCUGCAAUUACAAGUCACAACAACAUCAAAAACCACCGCAAAAACACUGGCUAAGAAGAAGCAGUACAAGUUUAGAUCCUACUUUGACCGAAUCAAGUUGUUACCGAAAGUAUUUAAUCGAGACCAACAUAUUGAUUACGAUUUUGGACCAAUAAGUCUACCAAAGCUAACGGACACGAGCCAACCCAAUUUGGUGCACUUGCAACAGAGUCAAGAGAGCCAACAGUGGGGAACAGCCAAAAUUUCACUGGAUAGACCUUCGAGAAUACAAACAAGAAGAAACUACAGAAGUCGUGUAUUGAAAAGCUCGACAUUGGGAACUAGAAUACAUGAGGACGAUCGAACGCGAUUGAACCGGCUUUUUAUCGAAUCUGAAUCGCUUGAAAUGUCACUAGAAUUGUUUGAAAAGUAUCUUGAUGUAGCUAUUAAGUAG